UUGGGGAAAAGUCGACCACCGAAUUGGGUGAAGCCAACAAUCCUGACCGACGCCGCCAGCCCCAACCCCAUCCCCACCGCCGCCAGCCCCAACCCACCGCCGCUGUCACUCUUCCUCGCGAGUCAUCGGCCACCGAUUUGGGCGAAGCCAACAGCCCUCGCCGAAGCCGCCAGCCCCACCCCCACGCCCACCGCCGCCAGCCCUACCCCACCGCAGCUGUCACUCUUUCUCGCGAGUCGUCGCACACCCAAUUAACCAGUUGUUUGUUGUUUGUUAUUAGAUGUCAUAUCGAGGAGAAAAUUCAACCAUCCGCAAUCGUUUAGGUGCACGUGGUGGUCGUGAAGGUGGCCUUGGAGGUGGCCAUGGAAGUGGCCAUGGAGGUGGUCGUGGAGGUGGCCUUGGAGCUGGUUCACGGGUCACCCAACACACACAUGAUACCUUUGAUGAUGAUGAAACUCAAGGUCCAGACUCUCAAGAGUUGGUUCCUGAUUCACAAGAAUAUGAAGAAUCUGAGAAUACUGGAGUGAUUUGGAUGGCACCGGGUGAACUUUGGUUUGAUCAUAGUUCCAUUUCCCGGGAUAUUACUAACGUCAUCCAGCAAUAUUUCAAGAGUCCUUGGACGUGUUACACCCAAGUUGACAAGGAUACAAAAGAGCAUUGGUUCACCUUGUUCAAGAGAACCUAUAAAUGGUUGCCUGAGUUUGAUUACCUUGCUGUGCAUGAUUACCAUGCAAAUGCAUUCAAACGAGUCAGGGACAUGCAUUACCAGGUCACAAAAAGAAUGAGUGGGAGGAAGCCAGUUUGGAUGCCUGAUGAAGUGCAUGCAGAAAUGAUGAAGUUUGUGGAUGUUGAUGAUGAAUUCAAGAAAAGAUCUGAGCGGGCCAAGAAAAAUAGGAGAGGGGGUUCAUUGACCAACAAGGUCGAACCCUCACAUUUCCAAGGUUCCAUUUCAACAACUGAGGCUGCAAAGAAGAUGGCAAAGGAAAAUGGAGGUAAAAUGCCUACAGCCGGUGAAUUGUACUUGAAGACGCACACGAAGGAGGUGCCGGGUAAAGGGAAAGUCCUUUGUAGUAGCAAAGCAAAGCAAAUCAAGGAAGCAUACGAAAAGAAUGUUGCUGAAUGCCGUGAAAAAGGCAUUAAUAAAGAUCCCAAUCAAAUCUACUUUGAGACAGUAGGUGGGAGAAAAAAGGGAAAAGUUCCUGGUCUAGGGAGUGGAGCAGCUCUAUAUUAUGAACCAUCUACUAGAAGGGGUGGUAGUUCUUCUAGCUCAUACACUCCAUCUAUGUAUUCUCAACUCUCAGCCCGUUUAGAAGAAACUCAACAACAGCUGUCUCAAAAAUCCAUUGAGUUUGAAACAACAAAAGCUGAGAUGAUAAAAGCUAUGGAUGAUGAGAGACUCCAGAGGCAAAGGGAGAGAGAAGAAGAGCGAAAGGAGAGAGAACAAGAGCGACUAGAGCGUCAGAGGGACGUCGCCGAGUUGAAAAGGACAAUGGAGUCCUAUGAGAGGAUGUUCAGUCAGUGUUCUGGUUUUCCUUUCUCGCAGUCGCAGGACCCUCGAGAUCCCAGUGGCGGCGGGAAACCUUUGUGCUAGGUAGUUAGUAUUUAUUUAUGAGUUUGAACUAAUUGUGCUAGGUACUUAGUAUUUAUGUAUGUAUGAGUUUGAACUAAUUGUGCUAGGUACUUAGUAUUUAUGUAUGUAUGAGUUUGAACGGAUUGCAACAUGUUUAACAGGUUUGAACUAAUUGCAAUAUGUUUAACAGGUUGGAACAUCAACAUGAGUUUUGUUGGUUGAGUUUGAA